GCCCGAAGGUGGAGUGGAGCGCAAGGGUCAGGUUCCCAUGGGAUUUACCAUCACUUCGCGGAGUAGGUAGGCAGGCUUGGUGUUUGAGCGGUCGGCCCAAGGAUGGCACUUUAAAAAUUGGCUAUACCUUAUUCUCGCCGCGGGAAUUGGUAAGGAACUGUCUGGAGUCAGCGCUGGAGUCACCUGUAACAAUAAUAUGCACAUGUAAUACACGACUGUCAACAUUUUCAAAAUGCCAGCGUUUGACGAAAUGCUGGUGAUUCAAGUGCUCCUCGCGCUCUGCGGAUACAUCACGUGCCAAGAAUUACCAAGCUUUGACCUCUUGGAGGAGUUCCGCUUGUCUGAGUCUGCUGGGGUGAGCGUGGUGGAGGGAUCCGAGCCAGAUGCAGUGGCCUAUAGGAUUAACCCUUCGCUGCACCUCCGCAAGACCAUGAGUGAUGUGUACCCCGACGGCCUCCCCAAUGACUACUCCAUCAUCGCCACCUUCAAGAUGACCAAGGAUGCUGCCCUCUCCUCAUGGAACCUGUGGCAGGUGAGCGACGCCCAGGGCCAGGAGCAGGUGGGCCUGCGUCUCCGUGGCGACAGCCGGGCGCUGGACUUCUUCUACGUGGGGCCUCGCGGGACACAGAUGCUGCGCACCUUCGACGGGGCCGCCAAGCUGUUCGACGGCGAGUGGCACAAGCUGGCCCUGAGCGUCAAGGGUGGAGAGGCCAAGCUGCUCGUGGACUGCCAAGAGGUGAGCGCUGAGCCCAUCGAUGAGCCCCGGCCAAUCAUCCGCCAGGGUUACACGUCCAUCGUGAAGAGGGCCGCCCCCCGGGACCGAUCCAGGGAUAGAUCCAGAGACCGCUCCAGGGACAGAUCUGGUGAACAGACCCCUCAAGUGGAUGUCCAGAAGAUGCAGGUGUCAUGUGACGCUGACGAUGCCUACUCCGAGGGCUGCUGUGAGCUCUCCAGCGUGUGCGGUGGACAUGCGGAGAUUGGCCUGACAGCCGGCCGGGCGACCUGCAAGUGUGCUCACGGCCAACCCGGCGUCCAAGGCAGAGCAGGACCCAAGGGACACAGGGGUUUCCAAGGCAACGCAGGAGACACAGGAAGACUGGGGAACUGGGGGAUCCGUGGCGAGACCGGGGAUUAUGGAAAUAUCGGCGAGACAGGGCCUCAGGGCUAUGCGGGCAUCAAAGGCGAGAAGGGAAGGAGGGGGAUCCACGGCCUGGAGGGAGACAGGGGUCCUAAGGGCCUGAAAGGAUUACCAGGUGCUGCUGGCCAUAAGGGCGUGCGCGGGGGCCCCGGAGACAUGGGCCUAAAAGGGGCGCAGGGAGAAGUGGGUUCCACAGGUGAAAGAGGAUUCGAGGGCAUUUCAGGAUACGUGGGUGUGAAGGGAGAGGAAGGCCGGACGGGCCGCGACGGCCCCCUUGGACCCCAAGGCCCUCAGGGCGUGGUUGGCGAUCCUGGAGAGCGUGGGGCAGCAGGCGAGAAGGGAAGCCCUGGUACUCAAGGAAAGAAGGGAAAACCUGGUAGCCUUGGAGAGAAGGGCAUUGUGGGAGAUCCUGGUCUGCCAGGAAGAGAUGGGGAUCCCGGCGUGGAGGCCUACCAAGGACCACAGGGCAGGGACGGCAGAGUUGGACAACUUGGAGGACGGGGUGAGAAGGGAGCCAGGGGGCCUCCAGGAAACAUGGGAGUUCAAGGCCGCACUGGCCUGAGAGGUUACAAGGGUUCUGCUGGGAAGCCCGGACGGCCCGGAUUUAUCGGACCCCCAGGACCCACGGGUCACGUGGGAGCAGCUGGACGACCAGGCCCCAAGGGAGAUACCGGUAUUCAAGGAAAGCAAGGUGUCAAGGGUGAAGAGGGAGUUAAAGGCAGUAAAGGACCCAAAGGCCGGGUGGGUGACAGGGGUCCUCCAGGACUGCAGGGUGUGCAGGGGGUGCGCGGCUCCGGAGGAGACCAAGGUCGCAAGGGGACUGUGGGAACCAAAGGCGUCCGCGGAGAGGGAGGCCCCGCCGGCUUCCAGGGACCCAAAGGACCACCUGGCCCGACCCUCGCCGCUCAGCACGUCAUCGAGGUCUGCAAGCGCGUCGUCCUCGAGCAGAUGUCCACCUUCGCCAACUCCGUGAAGAGGACGUGUGCCGCAGUCUGUCCCCUGUACGGAGACGUGCCCAUGGGUGCCCCAGGGCCCCCCGGUGCCAAAGGACCCCAAGGCCGCCCUGGUGACCCUGGCAUUGACGGUGUUAAUGGUGAGGUGGGACAACCAGGAUUCUACGGAGAGGCCGGUGACCCAGGCAGACCCGGAUCUCGAGGCGAGACGGGAGAGCCCGGCGAUAAAGGAGCCAAAGGACAUGGGCUGCCCGGCUACGUGGGAGACCAGGGUGCUCAGGGUCAGAGGGGCAGGGUCGGUCGCGUCUUUAACGGUCGCCCGGGAGAGAUGGGCGAGAGGGGACAUGUUGGUCGCCCCGGUCUCCGGGGUCAUCCCGGCCUGCCUGGUGUACCUGGCGUCUGCCUGACCAGCGGUUGUGCUGACCUCAACGCCGCGGCUGCAGCUGCUAGCGGUAGCGGCGCCCCUCGGCCCCUCAUGCCUGAACCCGAACCCGAGCCCGUGGUGGUGGUGGCGUCUCGACCCUCGUCCCGUGCCCAGCCACAGUCACCCAGACGCUUCCGAGGACGCGGUUAACAAAAAACAAAAACAAAAAACAAAAAAAAUCCAUCGUCAACCACAAGACUGAAAUGAAGUGAAAGCGAGCAGAUCAAAACAAAACAAAACCAGGAAGAAAACCAGAGCAAACACUUUCUAGUCACUUUUUUAUAAAGAGAGAGCGGGACGGUAAAAACAAGAGGAAGAAGGAAGAGCCUUGGCGUUCCUGCAGAGGGCUGCGCAUGAUUUGGAAAUGAUUAAAUAUGUAAAUACGAGUGGCAAAUUUCUAUGGAGAGAGAGAGAGAGAGAGAGAGAGAGACUGAAACAGAUCCACUACCCUUUGGUUUGAGUCACCCACAGCUCCAUCUUUUACAGUACAAAGGAAAAACACCAAAGGGAGAAAUUGAGAUGAUGGAUGAAGGACGGUGAAUUAUUAUUUGACUUGAUUUCGAGUUAUCCUCUGUCGUCUCUUUUUUGACCUGAAAUAUUAUUGUACUUUGUAAUAAAAAGUGGAAAAUAAUGACUAGUUUCACCAUGCCACCUCUCCCACUACGUCUGAUGAUGAAUGAGUUGUACCGUUAUUCUGUAUUCUGAGCAGUGUGGGAUCCUGAAAUAUAAUCACAGGGUAAUGAUGACGCUCCAAUUAUGUGAUUUCAGGUCGAUUAUGAUAGAAAGAAACCAGCUGUAAUUACAUAAUUAUAACAUGAUUACAAAGAUAGACAAAUAUCUACCGUAUAUCCUCCCGAGGCCUGCCAGCAUGCAAUCAAUAAAUGUGUCAGAUUAAGCACACAACCUGGUGUAAGGAAUUAUAUUA